UUCAGCGUGACCACCUCUAAUGGUUACUCUAGAUCUAUGGAGGGUCACAAGAAUUUUCCCAUAUCCUUAAUUUUAUUCGAUUACAGUACUGUCUUAGUUAUUUUAUAUUUCCUUUAUACUAGUAUAUUUUACAUCAACAAAUAGUGCAAUGCCGCACACAACACAAGAAGUGGUAUGCAAAUAUAAAUGCAACCGAUGAAAGCAAGUUUCAUGAAAAACAAAAACAAAAAAAAGUUAUUUUUAUUUAUUCUGACAAAGAGUUUUUGCAACACUUGGGAAAACCAGAAUCGUGUCACCAAAACAGUGAAGACUUUUAUAAAUGAUAUGUGAUUUGUUUUUUCUUUGGAAUUAACGUCAAAGAACAAGAUUAUGGUGAUUUAUGGAUUUAUAUAAUCUUUAUCAGGAUUGAUUCCUCUUGUGCAAUGUGCACAUGUAAGAUAAUAUAUGCAGUGAAAAAUGUAUAACAAAUACAGUGAUAUAUUUUUAAAAAGGGGUAUUGGAGUGAGAGAGAGAUUUUACGAACUCACGGGGGAACUGCACAGGCAACAAAAGUCCAAAGCCCACAGUGUCGUUUUGUUUACAAAUCAACUUAUUUAUUUGUCCCUACACGACAGGUUCUGUUUUUGUAAUUCAAACUAAAAGUUCAAAAGUUUAAAAGUCCCUCCUCCUCCUCCCUUCAAUCAAGUCUCAGGGUGGAUUUGGUUUUGAAUCUGGAUCUGUUUAUUUCAUUCUUUAAUUUGAACUUGGAAACACUUUCCUUCGGAGAGUGUGUCGUCGGGUUAGUUGUGAAGUUGAACUCUUUAAAACAGUAUGAGUAUUACCACCGAUCCCUCCAGUUACAACUUAAAAUGCAGAACAAGUUUUGCGAGUAAGAAAAUGGAAGAAGAAGAAGAUAAGGAAGGUCUCAGAACUGUGGAGUGUUUAAGAGGGAGACUACUUGCAGAGAGGCAAGUUUCAAGAUCUGCUAAAGAAGAAGCUGAGCUUAUUACUAAAAAGAUGGAAGAGUUGGAGCGUAAUCUGAAAGAAGAGAUCAGAUUAAGGGAAAAAGCAGAAAAGAGACUAAAGUAUCUGGUGAAGAAACUUAAAUUCAUUAAAGGGUCAGGCAGUUCGGAGGGAUCAGAUCAGCAAUUGAGUUCAUCUGAAGUUUCUUGUGUGUCAUCUGUUUGCACUUCAGCAUCCAAGGAAGAAGAAGAAGAAACUCAUGAAAAGGGAGCUGUGGAGGAAAAGAAAAAUAAUCAUGCAACUGAAAGUGUUGCCUCUAUGGAAGAGGAUUCAGCAUGUUCAAAGCUCAAAGAUGUUUCUUUUGGUGAAGCCAGUGUUGUUACUUCAACCUCAAGUCGUGAAGAAGAACCACAGGCUGGUAAUGAGUUCUCUUGGUGCUCAGAUGCAACUUAAGAGUUCAAGAAUCAAGAAUAUCCAUUUCUCCACCCCUAAACAACUUUGAAUCAGAACCGUUUCUCAUGGUGGAUCAUAAAGUUACUAAAUACUAUAGUAUAUACUACACCAGUACAAGAACGAGCUCAAUAGAGGAGAUUGGUGGUAAUGGAGAUAGUAAUUAACAGGAAAAAGAAGAGAGAAGCCAAGAUCAAAGACAAAUUGAUGGAUAGAAGAGGCAAUGGAAAGAGAGAGAGGCCAUGUGAAUAAAGGGAUUGAUUAGGCUUUCGGACACAUUUUGAGUUCUAUAGUAAUAAAUUCUCAGUGUUAGUAGAGAUGGGAAGGACGACACGACACACAUGACAUAAUGUUCUGUCUCUUUCCUUCUUGUUUGGUGUUUUUGUUACCAAAGAACGAAAGUGACGUUUCUUGGAAACUAGUGAUCAUGAGACCGAACGAAGGAAGCAGUAUAUCUUUUUGCAUUGCAAUUGCAGGGAUUGACCUUGUCCUUUUAUCUUUUUUUUUUUCUUCAUUUCGGUUCUAAAACUCGGACUAUAGUAUGUAAAAAUUUCUCAAUGGUCAAAGCAAAAAUGAGUUCAAAUUAA